UCUCUCUCAUUGCGAUUUUCACAUUAUAUUGGAAUUUCCAUUUACCAGUAAUUUUCUAAAUUGUGUAAUUCCCAUAGAAGAAUGGUCAAUCCGCAUUAUAAAAAAUGGAACAAAAGAAAGAGCAUGGACCCCGGGAAAAAGAAUAAGCAGAAGCCGACACAGGAAAAAGUGAACAACAAGUCUGAAGACGCAGCCUCGGAUGCCGUAGGCUCCGGCGUGCGUAAAUCGGACGAGGAUUUCGUCGAUUUUUACGAGGGCGUUGCGCUCGGACCGCCCCAGCAACAGAUGCUCUGCAAAGCCGUACCAGAGGAUGUGCUCGGGGACUAUGAGCAGAUGUUCGGGACGAUCGGGAAUGUCACUAAGGAAAUAGUUGACUUCGGCAAGUACGAAGUAUACGCGAUGCUGUAUCCCACUCUGGCCAUUGGCUACCUGCAAAUGGUGUGGAGCGGUAAGUAUGAGAGGGCCAUACUUGCACUGCCUCCGGCAUGGUCCACAUCGUGGCCGUGAACAAGGACUGACGAGACGUGAACACCCUGCGAAGGGAGAAGCUCUUCACCGCCCACCAGGAGCCGGUCCUGGCCUGCGCAUUUUCUCCUGGAGACCGCCAGCUUCUCACCUCGGCGGACCGUAUGCGGCUGUGGUGCACACGCACCGGGUUUUGUCAGAAGGUGUUUGCGCACCACGAGGCACCACCAAAGUGUGGCGUGCGACCCGAAGGGCUGCUACUUUGCCACCGCCUCCAACGAUAAUGUGGCACGCGUGUGGAGAGUGGAUCCCGCAAAGCACGUUGUGAGUUUCUUCGGUCACUUGGCACGAUUGGAGGUAUGCCUUUUCCAUCCGAAUGGAAAGUACCUGGCCACUGGAUCGGCAGACGCCAUCGCCAGAAUCUGGGACUGCGAGAAACGCACUCAAAUGCGACUCUUCCGCGGCCACAAGGCCCCCAUCACUGCCCUGGCGUACUCCGAUUGCGGGCGCUACCUGGUCUCUGGUGGCCGAGAUGACCUCAUCAUUGUCUGGGACCCAACCACCGAGCGAAUAGCCUGCAGCCUGCCCCAGCCCAACGCAAAUAUUGCCUCGAUCGAUGUCUCCUACUGCAACAAUCUGCUUGUUGUUUGGAGCCAGGACUGCCAUCUGAGCCUUUGGGAGUUUCAGCUGCUCGUCAAGUGCCCCGAGAAGAAGGUUUCGUCCACCCAAAGCACCAAAGCAAGUGAGCUGGCGCUAAUCAGCACGAUUCAGGCCUGUAAAAAUGGAAUUUUCCUUCAAAGUGGGUUCGUCGGUCGCGAUGCCCUGAUUGUCAUCUGGACGAUGAGUUCUCGGAAGGUAAUAUAGUUAAGCCCGAAAGCAGCCGAGAAGAAGCCUGCCCUUGUGAAGGCUCUUGAAACUUUUGCUUUGAAUACAGAGAAAUGAUGAGAUGAUGCAGAAAUAGCUUCUCGGAGCCAGGCGCUGAGGCGAGUCAUCGAUGGCAAGCACCGUGGAGUCCACGAAUAUACAUCCGAUUCAUUUAUAUAAACGUAAACAUACACAGCCCAAACUUCAAACAUUAAAACUAACCAUUCGGAUCCCACUCAUUGUUUGAGCUAAUAUAUAUGAAUGAUUGCGGCACUCCCUGAGUGGCCCUAGAAGACUAUUUCAAAUACGGUAGACAAGUGCUGAAAGUGGUUCGCGGUUGCAUUCAACUGUUUUGUGGUCUGGCUUCCGGAACUCUCAAUCCACUCCACAGCUCACCCACGCGACUGCACAACAAAUGGAGCUACAAUUUAUGGACCGGCACAAACCCUCUGAAAGACGAACCGAAUGCAUUAAGUAAAUUUCCACUUCGAAAAAUUACUGAUUACUGACUAUCUUGCAGAAAUUGAAUUCGGUGUGUUUGGGACAAUUGGAAAUGGCCUUAUUUAUGAUCAUCCAUUGAGGUCACAGCUUACAUAAAUAUGUAGGGACAUGUGCAUAAUUGAUUAUAGACAUGUAUAAAUGUACUACAAUAUGUGAGAAUCAGGGACCGCAGCUGCUGGAAUCUCAAAAAAUAUGCCCAAGGAAUGAAUGUGUAAUAUUUCAAUCUAAGCAAUUAAAUGAUGUCCAGACACAGUGUCCUCCUUUUCCCUUCCCACUUGGAUCCAGGGAAGAGGAUUCGAAUUGGGAUUGGGAUUGUAAAUAUAAAAUACAAAUGUUCAAUCUAAAUUAAGCAUAAACCAUAGGAA